AUGGCCCUGCAGUGUGACUUCUUCGACGAGCUGCCGGCAGCUUGUCUGUCGCCGUGCGGGCCGCCCAACCCCGCCGAGCUGUUCAGCGAGGCGCGUCGCCUGGCGGUGGAGCAGCUGGUGGCCGGCGGGCCCGACGCCUUCUCGGCCUUCCUGCGGCGCGAGCGCCUGGGCCGUUUUCUGAACCCAGACGAGGUGCGCGCCAUCCUGGGCGCCGCCGAGCGCCCGGGAGCGGAGGGCUCGGCGCUGGCCGAGGACUCGUUCGGCUCCUCGCACGACUGCUCGUCGGGCACCUACUUUCCCGAGCAGUCGGACGUGGAGCCGCCGCCGCUGGAGCUCGGCUGGCCGGCUUUCUACCAGGGCGCCUACCGCGGGGCCACGCGGGUCGAGGCGCACUUCCAGCCCCGCGGCGCAGGCGCGGGCGCCGGCGGCCCCUACGGCUGCAAGGAUGCUCUGCGGCAGCAGCUCCGCUCCGCGCGAGAGGUGAUUGCCGUGGUGAUGGAUGUUUUCUCCGACAUGGACAUCUUCAGAGACCUGCAGGAAAUGUGUCGGGAGCGGGGAGUGGCUGUGUACAUCCUUCUGGACCAGGCUCUGCUCUCCCACUUCUUGGACAUGUGCAUGGAUCUGAAAGUGCAUCCUGAACAGGAAAAGCUGAUGACGGUGCGGACCAUAACAGGAAAUAUCUACUAUGCAAGGUCAGGGACAAAAAUUGUUGGGAAGGUUCACGAGAAGUUCACGCUGAUUGAUGGCAUUCGAGUGGCAACAGGCUCGUACAGUUUUACAUGGACUGAUGGGAAAUUAAAUAGCAGUAACUUGGUAAUUCUGUCUGGCCAAGUGGUUGAACAUUUUGAUCUGGAGUUCCGGAUCCUGUAUGCCCAGUCAAAGCCCAUCAGCUCCAAACUCCUGUCUGACUUCCGGAUCAGCGGCAAGUUUGACCAUCUAGCUGACCGAAGACCACAGUCCAAGGAGCUCACGCUGGGCAACCUGCUGCGCUGGCGCCUGGCCAGACUCUCGAGUACACCCAGGAAACCCGACGUGGGCCUGGAGGCGCCAACUGAGGACAAGCCUGAGAGCAAGCGCCGGGACUCCGUGGCUUCCACCAUCAGCGAUGAAGACUAUUUCCACAGCCACAGGGACCCGCUGGAGGACAGCGGGGUGGUUGACACUGCCACCCAAACAGAGCCAGGGGAGGAGGCGGCUGCCGUGAGCGUGAGUGAGGUGGGAACCCAGACCAGCUCCAGCACGGCCUGUGCCGGAACCCAAGCCACAGUCAGCACGAGGGCCGCGAGCGCCCAGGCCUCCGUGUGGUCCGCGUCCAGCAGCACGCAGACUGACGCCCGCGAGAGCGGUCUCGCUCCGGGCGCCCCGUCUAAGGAGGGGUCCCCUGUAUCCAAGAUGUCCGUGUCCAGGUCUUCUAGCCUGAGGUCGUCGUCCUCUCUGUCUUCCCAAGGCUCAGUGGCAAGCUCCGUCAGCUCCCACGCUUCCCUGAGAGCCCCGGAGCUGCACACUGCCGGGUACCCCACAUACCUGGGCACCCCCCACCUGGAUCUGUGCCUGAGGGACUCGUUCAGAAACUUGAGUAAAGAACGGCAGGUGCACUUCACCGGCAUCAGGUCCCGGCUCAACCACAUGCUGACCUUGCUUUCGAGGAGAACGGUCUUCACAGAAAACUACCUCAGCUUCAGCCCCGGGAACUUCACCAGAGCCUCCGUGAACGUGGUGGCCGUCAGGGACCUGGCACUGUACCCUUCCUACCCGUGACUGCGGGCAGCCCACCUGAGUCUGCUGCUGCGACGAGGGGCCGGCUUUCACCUGACGCCCAGUCACCUUUAAGUUCUGUUUUGCACAUUGUUUUGUAUGCUUUUAUUUCUGUCCUGAAGAAGACAGGUGCUGGUUUUAUGGUUUAAACACUAUGAAGAGGUUUUUAAUUUAAGGGUUGAAUUUGGCUUACAGUUUGAAGGGAUAAAGUCCUUGGUAAACCUAGUGUGAAAACUGUUCAUAUUCUGUGGGAGGCUCUUUUGCUAAGACAUUAAUGGGCGCAGUUUAUUUUACUAACCACUACACAGUUGUUUGUUUUUGCUAAACACUAAGGAUACAGCUUUUUGCUUAUUUUUGUUUUUUGCACAAAUCUUAAUUUUCUCUCCUUAAGGCAAUAUUUUCGUGUUCUAAGAUGAAUUCAGUAAAAGAUAAAAUACUUUCUUUUGGCCAGGCGUGGUGGCGCACGCCUUUAAUCUCAGCACUUGGGAGGCAGAGGUAGGCAGAUCACCAUGAGUUCAAGGCCACCCUGAGACUACAUAGUGAAUUCCAGUCAGCCUGGGUUAGCGUGAGACUCUAUCUUGAAAAAGAAAAAACAAACUUUUUUUGUAUGUGUAUGUUCUUCCAUCUUAGAAGUUUCAAGAUCAGAAUUAUAUUUAGAAAAACAAAACUUUCUUAACUGUCCUUUCUAGAAUGUCUAUAUUAAAUGGACAACUUUCGUUGCUUGAACACUUUAUUUUCUGACAUUUUUCUCAUCUUUAGGAGUAUGUCAUAAAUAAAUGCACUACAUGGG